GUAUGAGUUUCAAGUCUGGGAAUAAAAUCGAGAUAUUACAAUUAUUUACAAUAUUAAGCAGUAAAAAAAAGUUUGUGCACAAGAAUCUGGUAUAAAUCUAUAUAAAUUAUAAUUGUGUAAUAUUUGUCAGCGAACGUCUACAUAUUAAUUAUUAUUUUUCUGAAAUGGGGGUAUUUACGAUAGCUAUGUACUGAUUUAAAAGCAAAACUAUAGGAAUAUACUCGUAAUUUAUUUCAUUUUCACACAUAAGUAAAAAUCAUUUGUACACUAAAAACAAACCAACGAGAGUAUUAAACAGAAUAUUCAUUUAAAGAAUCGGUCUCUACAAUAUUUGAAAAAAAAGUUCGUGGUUGGCUUGGUGGCAUAAUAGACGAUAUGAGGCGAAGCAGUCCCGUACAGCAGUGGCUCGAUUCAUUGCCAACACAGUCCAACAGCGAGAUUGUAAACCCUGAUGAAGAUCAAGCAGAACCAACAGACAAAUCAGACAGUAAACCUGAUGACACCACCACUGAAAAUACUGUAGUAGAAACCAUAAAACUGAAGUUACAAGAAGAAAUAAAUCUAGAUGUACCUGGCCCUAAAGAUACAUGGAAAAGAAAAUCAUUGGACAGCGCUAUGCUAACAAGUACUCCUCAUAGAGGCAGUGUGAAAAGACUACAGAGAGACCACUCUGUUCAGUCAGAAGGAUACUCACCAAAGUUAAAAAAUCCAUUAUUUAGGGAUCAUUCUCUACAGUCUGAUGCUAGUGGCUCGAGUGGCAGUUCCGUGUUGAACGUGUUAGGCGCCAGAAAAGUAGACGCAGAAUCGGUUUUACUUGCCUUAGGCUUUGGGCCAAGUGAAAAACAGCAAAAAUUACAAAGAAUACCUGAUAGAUUUUUGGGUCCCUCAAGGCUUAAGGGUAUAAGCACCGAAGAAUUUAUAAAGAAUGAGCAUCAUUCAAUGAGAAUGCACGAUUGUGGAAUUUUCGGAUACAGGGGUCUGACAGGGAAUCCUCAUGUUCCACCAUCGACAAUUGUAGCUAAAAUCAUUGGGUGUUUGUUACAAGAUGAAGUUUGUCGCGAGGAGAUUUUGCUGAAGGCUCGUCACUCUAUCGCGGAUAUGCGUAGCGCGCCCGGUGCGAACUCUCUGCUCGAACCCAAACUGCGGAACCAUUGACCUUGUUUACUGUUAUCGUGUAAUACAUUACAUGUUACAUUUAAUUAUAGCUAAUAUUGACCGGUGUUCGGAAUAAGCUAUUUCUUUCUUCAAAUUUAAAUUGAACAGCAUAUCGAAAGAUCUCUGCUUUGUUGAACUACUUAAUAAAAUAACAAAUAUUUCCAAUUUACUUUUAGACUAAUCUGAACACUAAAUAAUGUUAUCCGCCUUUGUGAAAAUCUCAAAAAAAUCUAAAAAUUUUGUUACAAAUUAAUUUUCGUAAGUAAUAGUAGUAUUUAUUUGUAGCACCAAGCUGUGCUCGUGACGCGUCAGAUUGUCUUGACUCUGUAAUACCAAAACUAAACCAACUCCUCCUUCAUUUCGCGUUAUGAUACCAGCACAUAUCUUGUUCAGCUGGUUUUGACUAUGGCGCCAUCGUGCCUCUCAUUAUAUUAGGAAUACUUGUUAUUGGGACGGAAAAAUUGCUGGAGUUAGUGAUCCUAACAGUCGUGAUCUAAGUUGAACUGUUAAGUUUGUAAUACAAUAUAUCCGAAAAAAUGUGUUUCUAGACUCAGUUAUUUGUCUGGGAAGUCAUAAGCAGAAUGAGAUAGUAUAAGCAGCGGCAUUUAAUUUAAAAAUUUGGAAUUAAGUAGAUUCACUUAUUGUAUACUAAAAGUUUGGUGACUGACGCGACUUAAUAAUACAGUUGAUUGUUUAGGCAUUUUCUUCAAUGGCUGAAGUCGGUUAAGCAAAUAUAAUUUAAAUAAAAAUUUAGAGCAUCGUUUGAGUAUUUUCUAUACAGGGUAUAUGACUUUCACCGAAGCAAAAAAAUAAUAAAAUAUUAAAAAAUAACGGAAAAUAAAUUAUAGAAGUAUUGGAAAAUUUAGAUUUACCCGAAAUCUAAAACGGAGGCUCACAGACACACUCUCGUUUUGUUAUACUGUGGAUUUCGAUCGAGUUGCUGAAUUGUUGACUGACAAAGCAAUGAGAAUUAUCUUAUCUUGUUAAUUUAUUGUUUCUUCAGACUUAAACAUUUAAGAAGGGAAUUAACCGCUUAGUUUUUAGAAAUAAGUUCUCUCGUAUUCUUCCAAAUAGUUCUAUGACGUCUGAGUAAAUUCUUACCAUUUUACUGAGUUAUAAUUAAAUUUAAUCAAAUCUCAUUCCAGUUAACUUCAAUUUUAAUUUAUUUUCUUUUCCAGUAACUUCUUAUUUAUGUAGUAGUUCAUGAUAAUAUACUUUAAUCUCAAAAUCUUAAUAUUUGUUUUAAAAUAAUUUAAUUAUGUCCAUUUAAUAAAUUUAAACAAAAAGGUUAAUACAGAUACAA